AACAGGAGGCGGCUGGAGAUGGAGGAAACUUGCAGCACGCACCUGCAGCAAGAGAAAUAAAAGUGCCCGAGAACGCACGGAUGGUGAUUAUAAAGGUAAUUAAGAGUGAAGGGUGCUGCCUCGUGCCGUGGAUUUACAGCUCGUCACGCCACGGAUCGAUUUCCACCUCCGAUCUUUUUGAUUUUUUUUUUUUUUUUUUUCCUAACAAGGGAGUGAAACAUGUUUUGAGGAUUUAUCACUGCUGAGCUGCAGUCAGACGUUCUCACGCCUGUGAGGAACCUGUGUGUGUGUGUGUGUGUGUGUGUGUGUUUGGUUUGUUGUCCGCCAGAGGGCGUGUCGGUUUAAAUUGCUUGUGUUUGAGUGCUGUGCCAGCUUUUAAUUAGGAGUGCGUGACUGUGAGUGGUUUGUGUUCUGUUUUUGUGUUUGUGCAUGUACAUAUACAACAGGUUCUUGUGUGUUGCUUUCUUAAAAUGUUCGGCCCAGCUCCUCCCCCUGCACCCCGUCCGUCCCCUUCAUCGUUUUGGCCCUUCUGUCAUCUGGCAACCCGUCUGACCUCUUAAGACCCUAAAGAGACACAACGAUCUGGCAGGAUGAGCGAGCGCUCCGGUUCGAGCACCCUAGCAGCCAUGACGCUGGAGGAGCCGGGAGCCGAACACGCUUCUCCCCGAGCUCCCGCCCCGCUCCGUUGCGGCCCCUGCGCCGUGUGGCCUCGCCAGCAGACCUGGCUGUGUGCCGUGCCCCUGGUGAUGGGCUUUGUGGGACUAGGCCUCAGUCUCAUGUUGCUCAAAUGGAUUGUGGUUGGAUCCGUUCAAGACUAUGUCCCCACUGAUCUGGUGGAUCCAAAAGGUAGCAUUGGACAGGACCCUAUAUUCCUCUCCAAUCCCAGUGCCAUGCCCAAAGGGUCCGAAAUUUCUACCGCCACCACUUCAGCUGCCUCUACCACGGCAAUGGUGUCGACAACCACACCGCUAGCCGCCGACGGUACCGCUCCCGCUCCGAGAACUCGAUCGGGACCUCCGGCAAACCACUCAGCAACGCAGUGCUGCCAUGGAGAUGGCAACCGCGCGCCACACCUUCACAACCGUGUCGGCACCCGCGUUAGCGGGACUGCGGUGACCGGCUACACCACUCGCACCACUCGACUCACCCCUCCGCCUAACGUUAAGGAAGUCACCCCGCGCAGCACUGUCAGAAAAGUCAGCCAUGGUAACGGACGUGACGGACCAGUCAACGCAAAGCCGGGACAGCCUUCCGCUACCGUCACCACAACAGCGUCCACCACAACCACUGUUCCUCUGAAGUCCUCCACCAAGGUGCAGCCGACCAGCUCUCAGCCUGCGGCACCGGUCAAACCUACGUCACGGUGGAACCACGGGCGCCCAGCCAAGGGCCCGGCCACGCGCCCACACCACCGCUUCCGGACAUCCUCAGCCCCCACCCUUCCGAGUCUACGCUCAGAAGUCUUCAAACCAUGCGUGGAAGACAAGGACCUGGCCUUUUGUCUAAAUGAGGGAGAGUGCUCCAUCAUUGAAACUGUGGCUGGGGUUCACAGGCACUGCAGGUGUAAGGAGGGCUAUCAUGGACUACGCUGUGACCAGUUUAUACCCAAGACAGAUGCCAUCUUGUCAGACCCAACAGAUGAACUUGGGAUCGAGUUCAUGGAGAACGGUGACACCUACCAGAGGCAGGUGCUGUCCAUCUUCAGCAUCGCCUCAGGGAUCUGUCUUCUCGGAGUGGCGUGCAUGGCUCUUUACCGCCGCAACAAGAGACACAGAGAAAAGCUUCAUGCUCAUUUUUCCGAUAGCCGCAGUCUGAGGGACUGCAGCGCCAACGCCUCAGCCCUCGUGUCCAAAUCUGCUCCGAGGAUUCAGUACAGUGUUCAGCUUCAAAAGAGCUGCAGUCCUCUUGGAUCGUCUGUUAAGAGAGGCAGCGUGGCGCCAGGAACAUCGGCAGCGGCCCCGCCCAUUCUCAGCAGAGCGCUGUCGAAAGGGAAGCGCUUCAGGAGCAGCUCCCUUUCACUCAGUCCUGCCCAGCAGCGGAAGGAGACAAAUUCCUUCAGGACCCCGCCCAUUUCCAGAUGGAAACACAAAAUUCCCACAAAUCUCAUCGACGGAUCAAGAGCGGCCACUCACGUUUACAAACACUUGCAAGAGGACGAGUCCACAGAUCAUCUGGAGUCCAUAAGAAGGUGUGAUUCUGCCGGUGGAAGGGUCGGUGCCUUGCUCUGCAGGACUUCACUCUCUCAGUUUGCUGCCAGGAAAGGAUGGACUGAAGUCCCCUGCACCCGCCUGGAGAAACCUACUACAUUUCUUCCACCCGCCCUGCGCACACAGUCAGUUCCCAUCAUCCCCUCGCUCCAAGCGGGUGACCUGGCGGGUGGCCACAUGGCCGCCAAUGACCGCAACCAUGACGGACGCCUCAACUGGCACCUUGAGAUGCCUGUCAGCAACCCAUUGUCCCUGCCCAGCGAGGCGCCCGACGAUACGCCUCAUCUUGUUAGCCCUCCUGCAACGUUGCGCUCAGAGAAGAAGCCGAGUCCCCCGCAGGCGCCGGUUGAAAUUACAGUGGAAUUUAAACAUAAAAGCCUCUCCAGCCAGAUGAGAUCUGCGUCUGGGUCUCACAGCAAGAUCCUCUCUGAUGAUUCGAGCGCUGUCGAGGCUGCGCCUGUGCAGGAGUCAAGCAGCAUCCAGUAUUCACCCAGAGUUCUUUACGCCAGUGGCCAAGCCCGAGAUUUGACGGCAGCGGGCCGAAAAGCACCCAAGGGACACCGCCAAGGUCAGACAUGUCUCGUUUACGGAGGUGAAAACUACUCAACGGCCACCAAAGGAUCCAGCUGCAGAGGAUCGGCAAAUGUUUAUGCUCAGCCAACUGCCAGCUGAUUGGAUUAACUCCGUAAAGCUGCUGAGGCCGCGAUUACAAUAACUAUAUACGUUUGUCGAUGGCUCAGGAUGGUUAGCAGGUGGGACCAUCACAAUGGCCACCUGGACUAUUAACAGAUGGCCAUAAUUUUUGAACAUGAACAGAGCAGAACUGCAGAGCGGAAUAAAAUGGACACAAAAGACACAAGCUCUAAAAGACACAGGUAAACACACAUUGUGAAUAAAUGUGACUCCAUAAGGAAAGCAAACACGUGAUUUGAGUGGAAGCUUGACUUAAAAAGUGUACCUGAAAAAAAAAGAAGCCACAAUUUCAAAGGAGCUUUUACUUAGAAACCAAAAUAGUGUGUCAUCUCUAUGUUGUUUCUCUAUUGUAAAGAAAUGAAAUUAUAUAUGUCAUAUAAUAUAUGUCAUAUAGACGUAUAUAUAUUUGACAUACAAUUGUGACAAAAUAAAGACUAAGAUAAUAGUGUUAAA